AUGCCCCCGUACCCAAGAGCCAUGAAUCCCCCCCCCCACAGGGGCUCACCCCCACCGGAGAGCUCCAUCCCCAAAAAGCCGACAAAACCACACCCACACAGUGCAAGCUCCACACACAGCCCCACUCAAAGCACCCUGCUGCAUCCUGCCCCCCACCACACAGUGUGCCGUGACGCCAAGGCAAGGUCCCUGCACAUCGGCACCCCAGCCUUUGCCCACAGACACCACGAGCAUCGCUCCCACAAUGGAACCCCCAACGUCCCCCACCACGCCCCCUAUAUGAUAGUCAGCAGAGCAGCACACCGCCAAGCCCGCCCAACCAUCUGGCCAGUGCCAGCAGCCUCAGCCCGCCUGCCCAUGAGAGGGAAACAUGCACCAUUGGGUAACCGAGCCGGGCAGGCCAACCACUCCAGGCCAAGUACAACCCGCCAGACGCCCCAGUGCAGGCACAAGACAUGCUCCACCCCCCACCCACCUGACCGCCAACCGCAGCCCGGUGCCCAGCCAGAGCCACGGAAGGAAGCAUUGGAGGAAGGCCACCACAGCACGCAAAGGACCAGGCAACCCACCAACCCCACACCCAAACCCCGGAGGAGCCCCAGCAAGCCGGCCACCCUCACUCCUGCACGGCACACCUCACUGCACCAAGAAGUUUGCCUCCUCCUUCCCCCUGCAUCUCAGCCUCUCAUCUUGUACAAAUUUGUGAGAACUCCUUUAGGCACAGCGGGAUGA